AUGGCCAAAGGGUUCCAGUACCGACGAGACACCUCCACGUUAAACCGCCGCUUGGAUCUUGACGCCGCUCCGGAUCACCCCCUCCAUAUACCCUUUGGCGAACCUGGGGGUCCUGUUCUCCAGCAGAUCCGCGAAUUCGAUCCAUUACCGAAUCAACCCCGUUCUAACCCGAGUUGGCUUCCCCCGCCUCCAACUCAACCAUCUUCUGCAGUUACAUCGGCAACAGUUGUCACCUCGACGGCCGCCCGGGUAACCCCACCUCAUGUCGGUCCCCCGACAUCCACCAUGGUGACGGCCCCCGCCUCCACUCCGGUGUCUCGCCCGUUACCUCCCCCACCCCUGUCUGUUACGCUUCUAGCGCAAGGACCAACGUCGGCGAUUCAAAUGCCAUGGGACCAACUCUUCUCUCAGUACCCACGCUACUCAAGGAACGCCCCCUUACAUGCAACAAGUGGUGCCGCAGUUCACUCCUCACCAACCUCAUGGCAUAUACCCGCAGAGUACCUACUAUCAACAUCUCCAAGCCAGCCUUCCCGAAACGUUCAGCCCCCUCGUCCCGGUGCUCAACAGCAUCUGUGA